CGCUUUACGGCUCUAGUUCUUCACGUCUCGGCAAACAUGGAGGCUGAGGAGCCGGCGAAGGAGCCAGCGGAGCAGGAGACUCUGGAAGGCAGAGAUGCGGAACCAGAGGCGGCGGAGGAGCAGGAGGAACCCCAAGAGGCGACUGGUGCCGCUAAGAAGCGGGUGGUGCCGGGCAUUGUGUACCUGGGCCACAUCCCGCCCCGUUUUCGGCCUCUGCACGUGCGGAACCUUCUCAGCGCCUACGGAGAGGUGGGGCGCGUCUUCUUCCAGCCCGAGGAGGGGUUCGUGCGGCGCAAGAAAAAGGCAGCGGCAGCCUCGGCGGCCGGAGGGAAAAAGCGGUCCAGAUACAGCAAGGACUACACCGAGGGCUGGGUGGAGUUCCGGGACAAGCGAGUAGCCAAGCGUGUGGCCGCCAGCCUACACAACACGCCCAUGGGUUCCCGCAGGCGCAGCCCUUUCCGUUAUGACCUGUGGAACCUCAAGUACCUGCACCGUUUCACUUGGUCCCACCUCAGCGAGCAUCUCGCCUUUGAGCGCCAGGUGCGCAGGCAGCGCCUGAGAGCGGAGGUUGCCCAGGCCAAGCGUGAGACCGACUUCUAUCUUCAAAGUGUGGAGCGAGGGAAGCACUUCCUCGCCGCCGAUGGGGACUCGACCCGCCCAGAUAGCACCUGGUCCUUUGCGCAGCGUCCUACCGAGCAGGAGCUGAGGGCCCGGAAGGCAGCUCGUCCAGGGGGUCGAGAACGGGCUCGACUAGCCAAUGCUCAGGACCAGGCCCGCUCUAACAGAGGGCUCCUCGCCAGAAUCUUUGGAGCCCCACCACCCUCAGAGAGCACGGGGGGACUCUCGGCGGUCAGGGACUCCUGAGGGGCAGAGAGUUCGCUUCAUCUCCUAGCCCAGCCCAGAGUUCUGCCUACCUGAUAAUAACUACUGAGGCCGGCAUGUUGUAUCUCAGACCAGGAGUCACUGGUGAGUGUCCAGACCUAGUCUUGGGGGCCUCUCUUUCCCUCCAACUCCGUACAAGCCUGGCUGAGGCACCCAAUUCACACUCACAGUGUGAUUAGACUCCUGCAGAUGCCCGUUUUGUCUUGUUCUUGGCUGCCUGCCUCCUGCCCAUUGGGGUCCUCUAAAAACCCCACUUCCUGGGCCCAGGAAAAGCCUUAUGUCAAGCUACAGUGAAAAUGGCCAGUCCAGGAGGCCACGUACCAACUAUAGGUAUGGGCAGUGGCAGCAGCCUUGCAUUUAGAAGAUUCACAGGGAUGGGGGUUAAUGGGGUGGGACUGGCUGGGGAACCAUCUUCCAAAUGUAUUUAUAAAAAAGAAAUGUAUGUAUGUGUUUAAUACAACUUUUGGGGGGGGCGAGUUAUGGGAUAAUUUCAAUUUCCUGUGUCCCAUUUACUCACCUUCACUCUGUUCUGGUCUCGGAAUUCAGUGAACCUGGACCCCUUCCCAUCUGCCUAAUUAAUUUUUUAGCCCAUUUUAUUAGUUAUCCAGCUCAGUGUUCACCAUCCGCUCUGUGAGCAUGUGAGUGAGAGAAUGUAACAACUCAUGGUACUUGGCAUUGAGAGCCUCACAGACCACUAGAAAAAGGCGGGUAUUUCAGGAAUAAACGUGCAGAGGUGCUUCC